AUGCCUUCUCCGAAACCCCCGUUCGAGCUCAAGGACCACUGUACCCUCAUACAUCAAAAUGUCCUCUAUGUAUACACUCCGGCCGGGUUUAUGUCGCUGGCUCUCGAGCCAAAGGCGAAAUGGAAGAAGCUGGGCAUGGGCAUGUCUGUGACAGGAGCGUCCUGCUUCAAGGGCCCUACAGAUGGAGAUUUGAACAAUCCAGCCUUUUACGUGGUUGGCGGUACAGGUGGUCCCGAUGACUACCUCGGGGUCCAGAGCUAUUCGUUUUUAGACAAGAAGUGGAAAUUCCCGAGUCUAGAUGGAAACAAUAUGAAAAAUAGAGUCAACCACGAUGCGGUCUAUCUCGAGUCUCUAUCGUCGAUCCUUGUCUUCGCGGGUUCUACCAACGGAAAUCCGAGCCCGUCAACCGAAACGUUCGUGAUCUCCACGAACCCCAAUUUAUAUCACAUAGAAUCCCGAGGCGGACCUGUUCCACCAUCCCUAAAACCAGUCCUUCUGGCCUGGGGCAAGGACACGGCGAUACUUGUCGGUGGUAAUGAGGAUAAUAAAGUCUACCAGUUCAUGAACGGUGCAUGGCGGACAUUUGAUUACGUUUUAGAAAGUCCAAUUGUUGAUCCUGUCGCAACUCCGGUCAUCACAAAUCCUUACAUAGACGGGAACAUGGCCUUGCAAGUUUUCGACCUUGGAGCAUCUCCAGUAACAGUUCGUACGGAUAGCUUGGUACCGCCGGGCGCCCCUCAUAGACGGUCAACUCACUCCCGGCAUCACGAUCACGGUCACUCCAGCAUAUGGAAACGGUCCUCAUACCCUGCUUACAACUCUACGCUGGCUCCCACGGGAUCUCGCACCGGAGCCUCUAUCGCGUCUGACCCUGGGUAUAACAACAGAGUGGUGAUUUCUGGUGGUAACAAUGAAGAACCUAUUGUAAUUUUUAAUCAGGACGUCAAUGGAUGGCUAGAUAUUGACCAUUUCUUUGCUGUCUCAACCAUGACUUCCUCUACUAUGACCCCAAUGAGCAAUACAAUGACAAUGACGCCCACUAUAACCGCUGCACCAACAUUGACCUCCUCCCCUUCCGCAACAGAAACUUCCACCUCCAGUGAUCGAGUUCACGGUUCUGUUCCUCCUGAUGGCCGUACCUUGACCAUUAUUGGCGCAACGCUGGGGACUCUCCUUGGUAUCGGGGCCAUUAUCAUUCUUGUCUUACUCCUGCUUGCAUGGAGGCGGCGGACUAGCUUAUACUACCAACAUACCAAGGAAAAGCACAUGAACUCGGACGAUAAGGAUAGGUUCAGCUUUCAGGAUGCAGGAAUGGAACCUCUCACGCGUUCCAUACAACCGAUUGCAAGAGGCCCCGUUCCUUCAACUGAUUCCUGGGCAUACAUUUCUGGGCAAGUUGACGAUUAUUCUCGAGGUUCCGUAAACCCACCACCGCCAACUCGCUGCAUGCCUGUAUCUGAGAAAGGGCCAAGCCCGCUUCGAGAUAUGGAAUCAACUCGUGAUGAACGGCCUGACAGUGAUGUCUACCCACCAGCUUCAAAUAAACCCUCUUUUGGAGCUAAGGUUGACUCCAAACCAACCGAGGCUGAUGGUCGGCUCACGGAUGAAGGCUGGAGCAAAUACUUCCAGGGUGACAAGAUCGAUGGAUCGAUAAAAUCCCGCGCCUCCUCUGUCGACUCCAAAUACUCCAAGUCCGACUACAGAUCAGACUGUCAAAACAGCGGAUGGCCCCAUGUAUCAGCCGAAGUGCCACCCCUAAACGUUGCGCGGUUUGACGGACCACAACCCCUAGGAAUUGUCGCGAGCGGCAGCCCUAGCACCGAGCACCCUCCCAAAUGGCCAUUCACACAACAUCAAGGCAUGGCAGCGAAGAUAUCCAGUGCAGACUCUAUCAGCCUCAACUCCGACGACUACUACGACGACAAGAGGGACACCAGGACAGAUGCCUUCUCGUCAGGCGUUCCAGGCAGCACCCACGAUGUGGAUCGCUGGGGCCGGAUGUCAAGAGAGCCUCGGGUGGCAAGUAGUAAUUACUCGAAUAGUGUAUACUACGAUAACCCCGGCCCUCCGCCGCCUGGGGGUCCGGACCGAUACCUGAAUGCAAUGCCUGAAAGUCGUGCUCCCUCCUCUAAUUACGGGCGUAACGCCCGCUCGGUGAACAGGGGAAUAGUCAGCUCUGAUAUCAGUUGGCUGAACAUUGGGAACAACAGAUAG